GUGAUUUAUUAGACGGUGAAACUCAUUUCAAUGUUUUCGAGUCUCGUUGCUUCACCUCGAGCAGCCGAAAAUGGAGAUGGCGCCUUCAAAAGAAGAAGAAACACCCACCAACACCAACACCGAAGACAUUGAAGAAGACGAAGAUCUACCAAUUCUGAGUCCCUACGCUUUGGAAGCUCUUCAAGAGUUCUUGGCUUCACAAUCCAAAUCUGAUUCAGAUAUUCAACAACAGCAACCGCAACAACAAGAUGAUUCGCUGCCUUUGCUAAAAGAAGAUUGGAGAAUGAGUCAAUUUUGGUACUCACCUCACACCGCCAUUACCGUUGCUGAUGAAGUUUUCUAUCUCCUUUCGCUUUUCACUGACCUUGAUGUUCUCCCUUCAGUUGCUUGUAUUUCUUGCCCUACUCUCUUCAUUUAUCUUAAGAAAAUGUAUCCAACUAUGAAUGUGCAACUUCUUGAAUACGACAAACGUUUUGACCAAUAUGGAAGUGAUUUUACAUUCUACGAUUACAAUCUACCAGAAGAUUUGCCGCAAGAAAUGAAACAUGGGUACCAGAUCGUAGUAGCAGAUCCUCCUUAUUUGAGUGAGGAAUGCUUGAAGAAGGUUGCUCAAACUAUAGGACUUCUUGCACAACCUCGGAAACAUUUCUUGCUUUUGCUCACAGGUGAGGUGCAGAGGGAUAGAGCAGCAAGCCUCUUAGGACUGCGGUCAUGUGGCUUUCGUCCGGAGCACUCCAGCAAACUUGGGAAUGAAUUCCGACUUUAUACCAACUAUAAUCCCGGUGAUCGGUUAGGAGGCUGGGAGCUAGAAGAGUAGCUUUCUGUAGGUUCGGAAGAAAUUUGCAGCGUUGUGUUGCUACUCCGUUGCGCUGUAAAAUGGUGUAUGCUAUAGUUCUUCCCUCCAUAUGAAGGGAACGGAAUGUUAAAAUGCAUUUUCGUUUAGCUAGUUCUGAGGAGUGAUAGCCUGGUAAGGAGUGCAAACUGAACUUGGUUUUUCAGAAAAUACUUGUCUCUUUUGAUAUUGAUGAUAAUGAAAUCAAGCCUGCCUGUGCCGCUAGGAAUUUUUUUUU